AUGAACCUGGAUUUGACCACUCCCAAGGUGGCCUUCUCCCUCCAGCCAGCUGCCCGGCAGCUGCUCGCCAGCUGCCGCCCGGAUCUCGAGGACCAGCGGCGCCGCCUGGAGGCGCUGCUGCCGCCGCCGCGUGAGCAGCUCGGCGGCGGCGGCAAUGAUGACAGUGACGAUGAGGGGGCGAGCGCGGACGAUGACUGGGAAGGGGGAGACCAGGGGUCGCGGCGGGGCCGAGGCGGCCGCAGCAAAAAGCGGCAGCGCGAGCUGAACGUCAUGCUGCGCGAGCGCCUGCAAGCGGCGAAGAGGGACAAGGACGCCCGCGCGCGCUUCACCGCGCGGCGGGUGCUGCCAGCGUGGCGCCAGCGGCAGGCGGUGCUGUCUGCGGUCGGCAAGAGCAGGGUGACGCUCGUCACCGGUGAGACCGGCUGCGGCAAGUCGACCCAGGUGCCCCAGUUCAUACUGGACGAGGCCGCCGCCGCCGGCCGCGGGGGUGCGGUGCACAUCGUCAUCACUCAGCCGCGCGUGCUUACCGCCACGGCGCUCGCGCGGCGGGUGGCCCAGGAGCGGGGGGAGGCAGUGGGCGGCGUCGUGGGUUUCUCAGUGGGCGGCGCCCGCAAGGUCGUUGGCCCAGACACCUGCCUGCGCUUCGUGACGCCCGGGCUGCUGCUGCGGUGGCUGGGGGUGGCGCACGACCUGGCAGGGGUGACUCAUGUGAUUGUAGACGAGGUGCACGAGAGGGGCAUCCAGGUGGGAGGCUGA